AUGUUGCGUCAAGGCUUGCUGGGCGCCUCCAGGGCGACCCGUGGCCCGGCGCUCCGUCUCCGACCCGCCUUCCCAUCCGCUUCCCCGCGCCGCCAUAUGCAGUCCGGCGGUCCCUACAAACCGAUGCGGCCCCCGUCGCCCGCCGAGCUCGGUGCUCCGAAGGCAGCCAAGCAAUACCGGAGCGGUCGGCGGUGGGGUCGGCGACUGGUAACCAUUUCCGUGGUGGGCGGCGUCGUCUACCUUGCUGAUAGGCAGGUCUACGCCGGCGGCUUCAUGCGGUCGCUGCGCACCUUUGGCACCGGCUUGUUUGUCGCCCUGGACUACAAGCUCAACUUCAGACCGGAGCCGCUCACGGGAGGCUCCGUCCAGGAUCUCCACAUGCGCAAUGCCGAGCGGCUGUUCCACCUGCUGCGGGCCAAUGGUGGCCUAUACCUCAAGAUCGGACAGGCCAUUGCCAUGCAAAGCGCUGUGCUGCCACCCGAGUUCCAAAAGAUGUUUGGGCGCAUGUUCGAUGAUGCGCCGCAGGACGACUGGAAGGACGUCGAGGCCGUAAUCCGCGAGGACUUUGGUGGUAAGACGGUCGAAGAGGUGUUUGGUGUCAGCUUCACCGGCAAGGAGGGCAUGGGAUUGAUGGAGAAGCAGGCUCGGGCGAGUGCAAGUGUGGCACAAGUCCAUUGGGCGAGGUUACCAGACGGUCGAGAGGUGGCAGUCAAGAUCCAGAAGCGGGAGAUUCAGAAGCAGAUCUCGUGGGAUCUGUGGGCGUUCAAAACAGUGACAUGGAUCUACUCAAGAUGGUUCGACCUACCGCUGUACACACUAGUACCCUUCAUCACGGAGCGUCUAGAGCUGGAGACUGACUUCCUCAACGAGGCCAAGAACUCGGAGACGAUGCGGGACCUCGUCAAUGGCGAGAAGAGCCUCAAGGGACGCGUCUACAUACCUACCGUGUAUCCCGAGUUCACUACGAAACGAGUCUUGGUGACGGAGUGGAUCGAGGGUGUGCGACUCUGGGAUAAGAAGACAAUGACCGGUAGGUGGUUCGGCGGCCACGGCAAUGGCUCACCCGGUGCCGGAAGCCCCUUGCCCCCAAUUGACAUGGCCAAGGCCCGACGAGAGCUCCGGACGAGACCGUACCAAGAGAAGCUCAAGCCGGAGCGCCAGGAGUGGCGGGGUCGGCGCGGGCGCGGCGGCCUCGGCCUGUCGACCAACGAAGUCAUGACGACCAUGAUCGAUCUAUUCUCGGCGCAGAUCUUCAAGUGGGGAGUCGUCCACUGCGACCCCCACCCUGGCAACAUCUUCAUCCGGCGGUUACCGAACGGCCGCUCGGAGCUGGUGCUCAUCGACCACGGCCUGUACGUGUACAUGUCGCAGAAGUUCCGUCACGAGUACGGCACGUUCUGGAAGGCGCUCAUGACGUUCGACAACAAGACCAUCACACGGGUGACGGAGGAGUGGGGCAUCAAGGCGGCGGACCUGUUCGCGAGCGCGACCCUAAUGCGCCCGUACGAGGGCGGCGACUCGUCGACGCGGGACAGGUUCAUGCAGGAGCUCGAGGGCGCGACGCCGGCGGAGCGACACUACGCGAUGCAGCAGCGGAUGAAGCAGGGGAUCCGCGAGAUCCUGACGGACGAGGAGAAGUGGCCCAAGGAGCUCAUCUUCAUCGGGCGCAACAUGCGCAUCGUCCAGGGCAACAACCAGUACUUGGGGUCGCCCGUGAACCGCAUCAAGAAGAUGGGCGAGUGGGCGAGCCGCAGCCUAUUUGAGGACCCGAAUGUGCCGUGGAGGUUGCGACUGCAGAACCGCUGGCGCCACGUCCUGUUCAAGGCGGUCAUGACCGUGACGGACAUUGCCUUUUACAUCUUCAAGCUGCGGCAGUGGCUGGGCGUUGGCGGCGGCAUGGAGGACGAGAUGGAGAAGCGCAUGAAGGAUGUUGCGCAGGACUUUGGCAUUGAGUUGCAGCACGAGGUGUUUGAGGGAUGA